ACAGCUUACAGACAGAUGAAAACCCUCAGCAGCACCAGUAACUCCAGCACCAUCACUGGCUUCAUCCUCCUGGGAUUCCCCUGCUCCAGGGAAGAGCAGAUCCUCCUCUUUGUACUCUUCUUCAUUGUCUAUCUCCUCACCCUCAUGGGCAAUGCUUCCAUCAUCUGUGCUGUGCGCUGGGAUCAGAGAUUGCACACCCCCAUGUACCUGCUGCUGGCCAACUUCUCCUUCCUGGAGAUCUGGUAUGUCACCUCCACAGUUCCCAACAUGUUGGCCAACUUCCUCUCUGACAACAAGGUCAUCUCCUUCUCUGGGUGCUUCCUGCAGUUCUAUUUCUUCUUCUCCUUGGGGUCUACAGAAUGCUUCUUCCUGGCAGUCAUGGCCUUUGACCGCUACCUUGCCAUCUGCAGGCCUCUACACUAUCCUGCUCUUAUGACUGGGCGCCUCUGUAACAUCCUUGUAAUCAGUUGCUGGGUGCUUGGUUUCCUCUGGUUCCCCAUUCCCAUCACCAUCAUCUCCCAGAUGUCCUUCUGUGGAUCCAGGAUUAUAGACCAUUUCCUAUGUGACCCAGGCCCUCUGUUGGCCCUCAGCUGUUCCAGAGCCUCACUGAUGGAAUUUUUCUGGACAAUAAUAGUUUCUCUGCUCCUCUUUAUUCCUUUUCUCUUCAUCAUGGGAUCUUAUAUGUUGGUCCUUCGAGCUGUGUUUAGAUUUCCUUCAAGAGAUGGAAGAAGGAAGGCCUUCUCCACUUGUGGGCCACAUUUAACUGUGGUUUCUCUUUUCUAUGGAUCAGUGAUGGUCAUGUAUGUGAGCCCAACCUCUGAACACUCAGCUGGAAUGCAGAAGAUUGUGACUCUGUUUUAUUCUGUGCUUACUCCACUCAUUAAUCCUGUAAUAUACAGUCUGAGGAACAAAGAUAUGAAACAUGCAAUUAAGAAGCUUUUGAAAACAGAAAAAUUAGAAUUUUAA